AUGGAUACUAAAAACCAUUCGAGUGAUAGGGCUAGGGCGUACCCCACAGGCGACGCGCAGGGGCAGCACCCGGCUCCUGUGGGAAAUGGACAAGGGUUGUCGCACCGGAACGGGCGGGUGCGACGUAAGAAGCGAGCUCGAAGUGUGAGAGAGUUAAAAUUGAGGUGUGCAAGUUGGAAUGUAGGAACGAUGUCUGGAAGAGGAAGAGAGCUAGCAGAUGUUUUAAAAAGGCGACGGAUAAAUGCAGCGUGCCUGCAAGAGACAAAGUGGAAGGGUGCAAGGGCUAGGGAAAUCGGAGAAGGAUACAAAUUAUUUUAUUGUGGAAGUGAUGGCAAGAGAAAUGGUGUGGGUAUAGUUUUAGAUAGUAGGUUAAAAGAAUGUGUGGUGGAUAUAAAAAGAGCGAAUGAUAGACUGAUAGCGAUUAAACUGAUUGUGGACGGCAUGACACUGAAUCUAGUAAGUGUGUAUGCGCCGCAGUCAGGCUGUGAGGAGAGCGUGAAAGAAAAGUUUUGGGAGGACUUUGAUUGCCUGCUGAUGAAUAUACAGGAUAGCGAGGAAGUCUACGUGGGUGGUGAUUUUAAUGGCCAUGUAGGAAGAGAGAAUGAUGGAUAUGAGAGAGUGCAUGGUGGGUGGGGAUUGGGAAACCGGAACGCUGACGGUGAGACACUUUUACAAGCUGCCUGUGCCUUCGACCUGGCUAUAACAAACACGUGGUUUAAGAAAAAAGAGGAACACCUAAUAACCUACAAGAGUGGCCACCACGCGACACAGAUAGACUACUUCUUAGUGAGGCGGAGGAGUCUAUGCUGUGUCAAAAACUGUAAAGUGCUGCCAGGCGAAGCAUUAGUCGCCCAACAUAGGCUUGUGGUGAUGGAUGUUAAAUUAAGUGUCUCCCCCAGAAACAGCCAAAUACGGCCCCCUCCAAAGACAAGAUGGCGUAUGUUAGAGAAUGAUGAAUGUGCUAGUAGAUUUAGGAACCAUAUAGUGGAGAAAAUUAUAGAAAUGAAUGAGAUGGAAGAGAAAUUGGUAGAUGAUUGUUGGAAUGAGAUGGCCAGGCACAUAAGGAAGGUCGCAAAGGAUGUGUUUGGAGAGUCGAAAGGAAAAGGUCUGAUAGAUAGGGAUACAUGGUGGUGGAAUUUGGAAGUGCAAAAUGUACUGAGAGAGAAGAAAGUGGCAUUUAAAGAAUGGCAGGUUGUAAAAAAUGUGAAUACAAGUUUAAAAGAUGAAAAAAAAGAAGUUUACAAGGAAUUUAAGAGGAGAGCAAAGAAGGCGGUAGCAGUGGCCAGAGCUAAGGCACAAGAAAAGUUGUACAACUCACUGGACAGCCCUAGAGGUCGAGGGACAAUGGACGCUAUUUUUGCACUCCGCCAAUUGUGCGAGAAGUACAGACGUGCUCACAAGAACCUGCACAUGGUAUUCAUUGAUCUCGAGAAAGCCUAUGAUAGGGUGCCUCGUGAAGUGUUAUGGUGGGCAUUGAAAGAGAAAGGUUUGCCUGGGAAGUAUGUGGAGUUAGUCCGUGCUAUGUACAGGGGAUCCUGUACCUACGUCCGAUCGUCUGCCGGCAACACUGACCAGUUCAGAGUGGCUGUAGGGUUGCACCAAGGGUCGGCUCUAAGUCCUUACCUCUUCCUGCUGAUUAUGGACGCUCUAACGGCGAACAUACAGGAGGAGGCACCCUGGUGCAUGCUUUUUGCCGACGACAUUGUACUGCACCGCGCAUGCGUUAUUCCGCCUCCUUCCUCCCUUUCCAACUCGCUUUACACGGUCUCCGUCCUUCUCGCUCCCGGGAGGGUCGAUAUAUACGACGCUAGGUACGCGUACUGUGUCGUACCAACCAACUAG